AUGCAUGUUUGCAAUGUGGCUGCUGAAUGGAGAGCGACUUUCAAGAAGGAUGUGAUUAUCGAUUUGGUGUGCUACAGAAGGUAUAAAGAAAUCAUUUUGUAUCGGAGGCGAAGGCAUGGUCACAAUGAGCUCGACGAACCGAUGUUUACUCAACCACUUAUGUACCAGAAAAUUAAACAACAUCCAACAGCUCUUCAAAAAUAUCAAGAAAAUAUCACCAAGGAAGGUGUCGUAGAUGAGCAGUACGUGAAGGAUGAAGUCACAAAGUACGGUCAAAUUCUGGAAGACGCUUACGAGAAUGCCCAGAAAGUCUCUUAUUUGAGAAACCGUGAUUGGCUGGAUUCUCCUUGGGAUGACUUCUUCAAGCAUCGCGACCCUCUCAAGCUGGUCCCCACUGGUGUUGAUGAAGACUCACUAAGACAGAUCAUUGAGAAAUUUGGUUCUUAUCCCGAAGGAUUCCAUUUACAUCGUGGUCUGGAAAGAAUUCUCAAGGGGCGUAAGCAGAUGUUGCAGGAGAAUUCGCUUGAUUGGGCCUGUGGUGAAGCGUUGGCGUUCGGAUCGCUUCUCAAAGAGAACAUUCAUGUUCGCCUCAGUGGCCAGGAUGUCGAGCGUGGAACGUUCUCUCACAGGCAUCACGUCCUGCACGACCAGAUGAUUGAUCAGAAGACGUACAAUCCUCUGAACGAUCUACAAGAAGGCCAAGCACAAUACAUCGUAUGCAAUUCUUCCCUAUCAGAAUAUGCCGUACUUGGAUUUGAACUUGGUAUUGUAGUGAUUGUAGUAUCACUGAGUACUGCAGCCGGUGUAGUGUUAUCUAUGGUCAACCCGAAUUCCCUGGUCAUCUGGGAAGCGCAGUUCGGCGAUUUCGCCAAUAACGCUCAGUCUGUGAUCGAUCAGUUCAUUUCGUCUGGACAGUCGAAAUGGAUCCGUCAGUCUGGCCUAGUGAUGCUUUUGCCGCACGGUUACGAAGGAAUGGGACCUUACCUACAAAUGUGCAAUGAGGACGAUCAGAUUGAUCUCGAAGUGAGUGCUGAUAUAUGGAAUAUCGCAUUUGGUGGCACAUUUGAAGCUCAGCAGCUCCAUGACACCAACUGGAUCGUCGCCAACUGCACCACACCUGCCAACCUUUUCCAUCUGCUCAGAAGACAGGCGAGUUGUGUGAUGACACCAAAGUCACUGCUUCGUCAUCCGAUGGCUCGUUCACCACUCGAAGAUUUCAAGCCUGGCACAACUUUCCAGCGGGUUAUUCCCGACAACAACGCUGAACAUGGAGCUGUGAAGCGACUGGUUUUCUGCACAGGAAAAGUGUACUACGAUCUGGUAAUGGCCAGAAAGCAUGUCGGAAAAGAAGAUUCCGUUGCGAUAUGCCGUAUCGAACAAAUUUCGCCGUUUCCGUAUGACUUGGUUCAAGCUGAAUGUCAGAAAUAUCCAGAAGCACGGUCUCAAGAGGAGCACAAGAACAUGGGCGCCUGGGGCUAUGUGCAGCCACGUAUCAACAGCCUGAUGCAGAGUGAAAAUCGUUCAGUUCGCUACACUGGACGUCAUCCAUCUGCAUCACCAGCUACGGGCAACAAGUUCACUCAAGAACAAAAAGACAUGAUGAGCAGAACAUUUGGCGUUCCAAACGCUCAAUUAGAAGGUUUCAAAGCGUAA